AUGCAGAAUCGGCACUAUACCUGGACGAAAAAUUUUCAAAACGGAGAUCGAUAUAAUGGUGAGGCAACAGGAGAUAAUGUUCGAGACGGGUAUGGGGAAUUUUUCUGUGCUGCAAAUAACUCUACAUAUGUAGGAGCGUGGUUAAAUGAUAAACCUCAUGGAAAAGGAAAAUAUACUAUUCCAGGUGAUGAGGGUUACGUCUAUGAAGGGGACUUCUUGGAUGGGGAGCGAAGUGGAAAUGGUACCUGCACCUUUUCUAAUGGUAGACGAUAUGAAGGAGAAUGGCUUCGAGAUAAGAUGCAUGGGAAAGGUCAUCUCAUAGGAGCCCCAGGUGUGGAUGAUUAUGCAGAAUAUACGGGUCCUUUUGUACAGGGUGAAAGAAGUGGAGUAGAUGGCGUUUGUCGUUACGCCAAUGGUGAUGUUUAUAAAGGGUCCUGGUUACAUGAUAAACGUAAUGGUCACGGGGAGUUGCAGCUGGAUAAAAACUCAAGUACACCUGGGUAUAAUCCACGAAUGGGUGAGGCCCACGUUAUUUCCUAUAAGGGUGAGUUUGAAAAUGAUUUACCCCAUGGUAUAGGUGAAUUUAAAUACUCUGAUGGUAGUAGUUAUCGUGGUUCUUGUGAAGCAUAUUGGCGUCAAGGAGAAGGCGAACAACAUACUGCUAAUGAUGAUGUAUACAAGGGUUCAUUUCAAUGUGAUCGUCGUUGUGGUAAAGGAACUCUUCGUACUAAAACUGGAGAGUACACUGGAGAAUGGUCUGAAGAUGCUCUUAAUAGUCAUGGCGUAUUUAAAGCAUUUCCUGAUUUUUCACUUACAGGAGGUUUAGUUUAUUAUGAAGGACCUUUUGUUUGUGGUGAAAUGAGUGGAGCAGGAGCAGUGGCUAAAUACCGUGAUGGAAGUUCAUAUUAUGGAGAAAUGUCUGGUGGUAAACCUAAUGGAAAAGGUAUAUUGGAUAAUAAAAGAAUGACUAUUCCUGGUAUUGGAGAAAUUAUGCUUCGAUACGAAGGAGAUGUUGUAGCUGGUGUACCUAAAGGAUAUGGUACUGGUACAUUUAAAAUUAUAACACCAGAUCCACGAUCUGCACCUCCUCCUUUAUCUGAAGAAGUUCGUGGAUUUUUACCAUCACUUGAUGUUUCUGGUUAUUAUGUAGGAAACUGGGUAGGUGGAUUACCAAAUGGAGAAGGUGAAUGGAAAUGGGAAGAUGGUGAUGUUCAUUACAAAGGUACUUUAAAAGCUGGUUUACCUCAUGGAGAAGGUGUCUUUACGACAUCUAAGAUAGUAUAUGAAGGAUCAUUUUCUCUUGGUUUUCCUGAUGGCCAAGGUAAAAUAUCUUGGGAUCUCGGAGAUGGUAAAGAAGAUACGUAUGAAGGAGGAUGGAAAGAAGGUCAUUUAAGUGGUAAAGGAUCGAUCAAAUUGCAUGAUGGCUCAUCCUAUAUAGGUGAGUGGGUAACUGGGGUAAAGGAGGGUUAUGGAAUUGAAAAUGUACCAGGUAAUUAUCAUUAUACUGGAAAUUUUAAAGAUGGCAAACGUAAUGGAAAAGGAACACUUCAUUCAGAAGGUGAUGGUCUUAUAUACGAGGGAGAUUUUGUAAUGAAUGAGAUAACAGGAUAUGGAAAGAUGCAGUUGGAAGAUGGUACUGUCAUGACAGGAGAGUUUCUCCAAGGCAAACCGAAUGGUAAAGUAGAAGUAACUCUUCCCAGAUGUGGAACAUUUAUUGGAGAAUUUAAAAAUGGAGCAGUGGUGGGUCGUGGUACUUUAAAAUAUGGAAAUGGUGAUAUUUACGAAGGAGAGUUUAUUGAUAGUGGAGGUCCUAUGCCAUUACGUCAUGGUAAAGGAGUAUAUAAAUUUCAUGAGGGGAAUAUAUUGGAGUGUACAUGGAAACGAAAUGUACUUCAUGGAGAUGGAAUCUACACAACCUCAACUGGUGAUCGAUCUAAACGUUCUUAUGUGGAAGGUGUACUUAGUGGGGUAUCGGGAGCAAGCAAUAGUAAUAAUGUGUUUACACCAGAAAAUGAGUUUCCCAACACCUUUUCAGAUGAUAUGUUAAAAGAGGAACAACAACAACGACAACAACGAAUGCAAAGUCAUACUUCACAUCCUCCUGCUGUUACUAUUAGACGAUCACUUCCACACCGAUCUUCUACAGAAGGAAACACAUUAUCCAAUCAACGUUUGGAGAAACGUCAAUCAAUGAUUCAGAAGGAACCGAAAGUAGCAUCUAGACCAAGUGUUGUCUUAACAAAUUCAAAUACUCUUCAAAUGCGAGAUUUACCCAUCACACAGACAGUUUCAAACCCAGUUGCAGCCACUACAACAGCAUCCGAUUCACAAGGAGCUGCGUGGGUUGUAAAGUACUUGUCUUCACGAUGUUCACUACGUUGUAAAGAGUCACCAGAGGCAAAUAAUGAAGAUUCCACUAUGGAUGAAGGCGGAAGAAGAAGAAGAAGUAUGAGUGCAUAUGAAGAUGCCUCUGCACGUUUUCAAAAGGAAAUAUGCAAAUUUCUAGGUCCAUCCUCUUCUCAUGAUGAAAAGGAAGCGGCUGCUGCCUUAUCCCAGAGUGGAAUUUCACCAGAAAAAGAUGAGUUAAUGCAAAAAGCAUUAGCGCUUCGUAACAGUAAAGAAGAUGAGAUUCACCGACUAACAGAAGAGAUAAGACAACUUAAUGAACGCAUUUGGCAACUGAAUUUUCUCCUGUGUUCUGCACCAAAGGCAGACCAAGAAACUGAUCCAUCGUUGACCGACGAGGGUAGGUCUGAUGUAUUGAUUUCUCUCCAGAAGGAACGACGAGAAAUUGUGGAAAAGUUACACAAGCUUUUGUUAUAA